AUGGCUCAAAGACUGCUGAAGAGGCCAAUUGGCCUCCUAUUUGUCCCUGUUCGCACACAAUAUCUUUCUCGCUCGUUUAGCACCGUACUGGACACCCCAGUCGAUCCCUCCACCCAGCAAAUCACCCCUCCAACAAGCCAAAGAUCGGUAUUCCAAGAUGCUCUGCAGGCAGCUGGGCCAAGGACGAACUGGACACGAGAGGAAAUUGCAGAAGUGUACAACACAUCAUUGAUUGAACUCACCUAUGCCGCGUCCGCGGUACACCGACGCUUUCACGACCCGGCUGCCAUCCAGAUGUGCACUCUCAUGAACAUCAAGACGGGCGGUUGCAGCGAAGACUGCUCGUACUGCGCCCAGUCCAGCCGCUACGACACAGGCCUCAAAGCCACCAAAAUGAGCUCCGUCGAAUCCGUUCUGGAGGCAGCGCGCGUCGCCAAAGAGAACGGCAGCUCGAGAUUCUGCAUGGGUGCUGCAUGGCGCGACAUGCGUGGCCGCAAGACCAACCUCAAGAACGUUAAGGCCAUGGUGACUGGCGUCAGGGAUCUGGGCAUGGAAGCCUGUGUGACGCUAGGCAUGAUCGACGCGGAGCAGGCAAAGGAACUCAAAGCCGCUGGGCUGACUGCAUACAACCACAAUGUGGACACGAGCCGAGAGCACUACCCCAGUGUCAUCACCACACGCACCUACGACGAGCGCCUCAAGACCAUCCAAAACGUACAAGAAGCUGGCAUCCAUGUGUGCACAGGCGGCAUCCUCGGACUUGGAGAAAAGGCUCGCGACCACGUUGGGCUCAUCCAUACUGUAUCCACACUUCCCGCACAUCCCGAGUCCUUCCCCGUGAACGCGCUGGUACCCAUCAAGGGAACUCCGCUUGGUGAAACCCAGACCAUCUCUUUCGACGCGAUCCUCCGAACCAUUGCUACUGCACGAAUGGUCAUGCCAAAAACCAUCAUUCGUCUUGCAGCUGGCCGACACACAAUGGCCGAGGAGAAGCAGAUCAUGUGUUUUCAGGUGGGCGCAAACGCUGUUUUCACGGGUGAGAAGAUGCUUACUACCGCGUGCAACGGCUGGGAAGAGGAUAAGGCCAUGUUUGAGCGAUGGGGAUUGCGGCCAAUGGCUAUGAAGGAAACCAUUGGAGAGAAGGACAAAAUCACCGAGGAUAUCGUAGCAGCUACACCAGAAGAGGUGACGCAAGCGACCUCCGCUACUGCUUGA